CACAAUACACAUUAUUUUUCGUUUUAAGAAAAAUAAAAUCGCGCAUAUUUCAGCAGCGCCGCAGGUGUAUUACUGUGCGAAGAUUGUUAGUGACUGCUCAGAAUUUACAUGCAGAAACGUAGGGAGCGACGCGUGUGAGCUCCUCGUCGUCUGCACACGUGCAAGUAAUUAUUUUAUAUAACCAAUAUAACGGCCACGCUUCUCAGUCGGACUGGUUGGCGCAUAAAUCGAUAAGAGUAUCACACUCGGUGCAUUCAUCAAUUACGUUGCACAACAGCGGUGGUAAAACAAGCCUUUGAUCCAGCAUGCUGCUCAGCCCGCGCUCUCUCGAGCCAUCACUCACCACACAAACCUGUCUAUGGCUGCUGGAGGAACUAUGUCAAGCAGGCUUCCGGUCGACUAUGCCGAUUCCGGUGAAAUGGUUGGGUCUGCUCCAUGGGGUGAUCUCGGAUCAAGAUCCGCUCUCCAUUGGAAUAAGCGAUCUGCACUCCCAAUCUGCCAUUCGAAUUCAGCAAUAGUAGUAGCAGGGAAGUGGAAUGGAGGAAAUGUGCUGCUCCGAUGAGGAAGACCAAGAUAGUCAGAGAUGGCUUGCCACUGCUUAACACUGCCGUGGUUAAAGAGCACUGGCUAAAAUCCAACAAAAUUUUCAUGCUGGACUAUGACGGAACGCUCAAUCCAGUACAGAAGAUACCUCACAACGCUCAGCCCGGUGAUCACCUCAUUGACCUGCUGACCAGGUUCAACAAGAAGGCCAAAGCCGUGGUAUGCACAGGAAGGCAGAAGGAGCAGGUGGAUGGGUGGUUUCCUGCCGAGAUUGAAAUCUUUGCCGAGCACGGGGCUUACCACAGGAAGGACGGCUUGUGGGAGAGGGAAGCAAAAUCACUGGACUUGACAAACUGCAUCGCAAUCAUGGAGGAAUACAAGAAGGCAUCGCCUGAAACAGUUCUGGAAGUCAAGAGCACCGCUCUAGCAUUCCAUUACCACCGCGUCAAGAGCUUCGACCCAAGGGAGAUGGUCGAGAGACUCAGGCGCCAUGUGGGCGAUGCAGUGAUCGAGGGCAACAUGAUAAUCGAUGUGCGCACCGUGAGCAAGGACAUGGCCUGUCUGAAGGUCAACCCAGCAGUGUGUGCCGGCGACGAUGUGACUGAUGAAGACAUGUUUGAAGUGUGCAACGGUCUGUCCAUCCGUGUGGGCAAGGCGCCCUCAAAGGCGGAUUACUACGUCGACAGUGUGGCCGACAUCCACAGCUUGCUGGAGGAGCUAAUCAAAAUAAGCUAAUCAGUAGUAUUUCUUAAGUAUAGACUUUUUUACCUGCCACGGCACUACGCUAACUGGAGGUGCUAGUAGUUAAACGAGGUAGCUAGAGAAGUAUGGGGUUUCCACAAUAAACCAAAAAAGCAGGACAAAUGCCA